AUGCUGGAGCUGCUAGUAGCGCUGCUGGCCCUGGCCCUAGCCUACUUCGCAUUGCUGGACGGCUGGUACCUCGUGCGCGUGCCGUGCGCCGUGCUGCGCGCGCGCCUGCUGCAGCCGCGCGUCCGCGACCUGCUGGCUGAGCAGAGCUACGCGGGCCGCGUGCUGCCCUCGGACUUGGACCUGCUGCUGCAUAUGAACAACGCGCGCUACCUGCGUGAGGCCGACGUGGCGCGCGCCGCGCACCUGGCCCGCUGUGGUGUGCUCGAGGCGUUGCGCGCGCUCGGGGCGCGCGCCGUGCUGGCUGCUUCCUGCGCGCGCUACCGCCGCUCGCUGCGUCUAUUCGAGCCGUUCGAGGUGCGCACGCGCUUGCUGGGCUGGGACGACCGCGCCUUCUACGUGGAGGCGCGCUUCAUCAGCCUGCGCGACGGCUUCGUGUGCGCGCUGCUGCGCUCCCGCCAGCACGUGCUGGGCACCUCGCCAGAGCGAGUCGUUCAGCACCUGUGCAAGCGCAGGGUGGAGCCCCCAGAGCUGCCGGCUGACCUGCAGCACUGGAUCGCCUACAAUGAGGCCAGCAGCCAGCUGCUCCGGGCCGAGAGCGGGCUCCACGAUGUUCUCAAGGACCAGUGA